GGCCAGCCUUCCUGUUUCUUUAAAGCCGCUCAUCUGCGCGGCGGCCGGCUGCCGGCGGCGGGAGGAGGCUGCGGGAGCUGCGCGGAGCUGCGGCCGGGCGCACGGCUCGGAGGACGGACGGACGGAGCCGGGGCUCCGCUGCCUGCCGCGGCCGGGCGGGCGCAGAUGGGCGGCAGCGGGGCGGCGGCAGCAGCGGCAGCAUCGGGAGCGGCGCAGCGGCGGAGCGGCCGCGGCUGAGCUUCGCCGCGCAGCGCCCCGCGCCAUGCGGAGCGCGCCGCUGGCCGAGGGCGAGCCCUGGCCGCGCCUCUGCCCCGCCGAGCUCGGGGGGCUGCGGCGGCUGCGGCGCAAGCACGGCGCCUGCAAAAGUUUCCGCGUGGAGCUCAAAGUGCUGAGCGGGCGGCGGACCGGGCUCCGCGCCCCCCCCGCGCCGCCCCCCGCCGCCGCCGCCGCCCCGCCGCCCGCCUGGGAGCCGCGCAGCGCCGCGCUCGGCCCCGCCGCCGCCGGCGCCUUCCCCGCCGCCCCGCCGCCGCCGCCCGCCGCGUCCCCGCGCCCGCGGCCGGCAGAGGCGUCCGGCGUCUCGCCGGAGAUCAAAGCGCUGCAGCAGACGCGGCGGCUGCUGGCCAACGCCCGGGAGAGGACCCGCGUCCACACCAUCAGCGCCGCCUUCGAGGCGCUGCGCAAGCAGGUUCCCUGCUAUUCUUAUGGUCAAAAGUUGUCCAAACUGGCCAUCUUGAGAAUAGCCUGUAACUAUAUCCUUUCCCUGGCCAGACUAGCAGACCUGGAUUACAGCGCUGACCACAGUAACAUGAGCUUCUCUGAAUGCGUGGAGCAGUGCACUAGGACCUUACAAGCAGAAGGAAGAUCUAAAAAAAGGAAGGAGUAACAACCAGGAAGGGAGGAUUCAGAAGAGCUUCCAGCCAGAGUUACAUCUGGUCUUGGCAAAGGUCGCAUGAUCCAGAUGAAGACUGAAAGCAGCUUUUUUGCAGAAACCCCUAUUGGAGAUGACGAUUGGCCAAGGAACUUUCUUAAUCUCUGGAACAGAAAGGAAAAAAGGAAAAGAAAAGAAAAAACAAAAGGACAAGGGAUGCUUCUUAUUGUUGUUAAGCCAGCCACCUUUUAGUACGUGCAAUUUAUUUAGCACUUUUCCCUUUGCUUAACUGGGAAAUGUUACCCUCUCAGCUCAUGUGUACAGUAAUUUUUUGUUGUUGUUGUUGUUGCUGUUGUGCCAAAGAUUUGAUGGAGCUUCUA